AGAAAGAAAGAAAGAAAGAAAGAAAGAAAGAAAGAAAGAAUUAGAGAGAGCAUACUUAAAUUCAGAUUAGGGCCUAAUGAAUUUAUUUAAAUUGACUGAUUUCCUUAUAUGAACUGCGAACUCAGUAAAAGUGUUGAAAUUGUGGCAUGUUGCAUUUAUAUUUUUAAGUAUAGUAUGAAUUUGCACAUAAAUAAUAAGUGAAGCAUCUAGGCAUUAUGAAGGGUUUACGAAGGCUUCAUAAAGCCAUUAUAACAUGUAUCGGCCCUCUGAUCCAUCAGCACUGUAGAGGAGAUGUUUCCAGACCCUGACUCCCAGUCGAUUGCUGAGACCGUCUCUACGGAAACCACAGACAACACUGAGCUGGAUCAUGUGACGUGUGAGGAUGUCUACCCCCCAGAUGGUGAUGACAAAGAUGGAGGUCUAUCAGCCCAGGAAGCAGACCUGGCCCUGUGUCGCUGUGAGGGAGGCGUGGAGCUGGCCCUGCAGUAUGCCAAGAUGUGGUGCCGCUACGCCAAGGACCUGCUGGCCUGGAUGGAAAAGAGAAUCAACCUGGAGCAAGAGUUUGCCAAGAACAUCAUAAAGGCAGUAGAAACGGCUAAGUCCUGUGUGGCUCAGCAGAACAUGAUGCCUCUGCAGUACAUUUACACCAUGGCCCUGGAGCACGAUGUGAAGACCAGCCAGUCUACUAAACAGACAUCAGAACUGCUGCAGCAACGCUGCUACCAGGUCCUGGCAUCCAAGAAGAAUGAGAUUGAUAAGUGGCGCAGGGAGUUCAAGGAGCAGUGGUCCAGAGAACAGAGGAGGAUGAAUGAGACGGUGGCGGCUCUGAAAAAGGCUCGUCAGCAGUACCUGCAGCGCAGCGAGGACCUGGAGAAGACCAGGGCUGUGACGGCCAAGGCCGGGGACGAGCUCACAGCGGGACACAAGACCCUGGACAAGAGGAGGAAGUCACGUGACGACGCACAGUCAAAGGUGAUGGAGGCAGAGAUGCAGUACAGACAGUGUGUGUGUGAGGCCCAGGACCACCAGGACAAGCUGGAGAGUUUGAAGGAGAAGAUCAUAGUUCACACCCGCAAACUCAUCUGCCAGGGGGACACUGUACUCAAGGAGGCCACAGUGAACAUGUUCUACUUCCAGCGUCAGCAGACGGAGCCGGUUCCCCUGGGAUACCACAACCUGGAGUUGACCUGCAGGCCGUUUGAACCCGGGGAGCCCUACCUGCUCUACGUCUUCAGGAAGAGAAGCCAAGAACAGCCCCUACAAACCUUCACCUUCCAGGAGUUUGUCCCUCAGAACAAGAGUGGCCGUCGUAAGACCAGCAACCCCAGCUCUCUACAGGACUCCUUCUCCCUGCCUGAGGAAAGUCUGGUUAAACGAAAGGGUUACAGUGACAGUGAGAGCAUAGGAGGCAGUCUGGAGUCUCUGACCAGCCCAGCCCAUGGGAACAGGAGGCUUCCUAAAGCCCCCUCCACAGGGACAAUGUCAUCAGAUGACCUGGAUGAGAGGGACAUAGGCACCGUCCUGGAAGGAGAUUGUGUGGACUCCACUCCAGAGGGGAACGGUACGGCGGGGAAGGUACGGACUACGUCCCGAGCCGCACUGACACACCGACUCAGGAAGAUGAAGAGCAAGAUGGUGAAGUGCAAACAGUGUGACAAUUACAUCGUGGUCAACGGCAUUGAGUGUGAGGAGUGUGGCGUGGCAGUUCAUAGGAAGUGUCUGGAGGUGUUACAGCAUGAGUGUGAGAACAGGAAGGGCGUUCUGUUCGGGGUGGGUUUCUCCCUGUUGCCCCGGGACCGGCCUGACGAGGUGCCCUUCGUGGUCCAGCGCUGCACGGCCGAGAUAGAGAGCAGGGCCCUCACUCUACAGGGGGUGUAUCGUAUCAGUGGGUCGAAGCCUCGUAUCCAGAAGCUGUGUCAGGUCUUCGAGACCCAGAAGGACCAGGUCGACCUCUCUGACCUUUCACCUCAUGACGUCACCUCAGUCCUCAAACACUUCUUUAAGGAGCUUCCAGAGCCGUUGUUGACCUUUGACCUGUACAAUGACUUCAUCUGGGUGGGCAAGGAGAUCCAACGUCUCAGUGAGAGGGAGGCAACAGCAGAGACUCCUGGGAUAGUGGAGGACCUCACAUAUAACCUGAGAGACCUGCUGGGGAGACUGCCCCCAUACCGCUACUACACAGUGCAGCAUAUGAUGCGUCACCUCCACAGAGUAUCAGAGAACUACGAGGAGAACAAGAUGUCUCCCAGUAACCUGGGCAUCGUGUUUGGUCCAACCUUGCUGCGCCCGCUGGUGUCUGUAGACGUGUCCAUGGUGGCCCUACUGGAGACCACCUACCAAGCCCUACUAGUGGAGUUCCUCAUCACCCACCACCAACACAUCUUCGACGCUCCACCUCCCGCCACCCCCCUCCCUGACACCCCUCCCCGGGCGACGUGUUCAGGAGGGGCCCAGAAGACUGUUGCUGGGGCUGACCCUGGCUCUCAGGACACCCCCGCUGGAGGAGCCUCGUCCAGAGAACGCCCCCGCUCUCUAGAGACUCGCACAAUCAAGAGAGACUUGAGUGAGGGUUAUAUAUCUGACAAGUCAUCGUCCAAUGAGGCAGUGGACCAGCUCAGCCCUGAAGCCAAUGAGAGAGCAGUCGUGGCUGUGAGGGGGGCAUCAGCAGAGGCUGCUGCUCUGGGUGAUCUGGUGGGGGGUCCAGAGCCAGGGGACUCUCCCUCUGUGGGGACCCAGCCACAGAGCCACUUCAGUAGGCAGCCUGUCAAAUACCAGCGCCAGCCCACCCCGGGUCUCCGCCGCUCCGCGGGCACUACCAGGGCCGGGCAGCUCGGGGAAGAGGAGGAUGAAGAGGAGGAGGAGAGGAGGAGAAACCAGUCGAGGAGCGAAGACAGCAGUCGUAGCCCCUCUCCUGACCCUGGUAGCCAGAGAAGGAGAAGCCUUCGAUUGGAGCUCCCCCCCGAGACCACCGCCUACCACCUGCUCAGCCAGGCUGGAGGCCGCUCACCAGAGAACCAGACAGAAAGAGAGAAGACACGUCCGUAUGAGGUUCCACAGGGCAGGCUGCGGGCGGGGACAGUGGUAGUAGAACCCUCAAUAGCUGCAACAGCAGUAGCGGCAGGAGCCAAUCCGACACCGAGCACCGGUGCUCAGGAGGCGUGGCUUAGAAGUCGGUUAGCCACAUUGUCCCAGUUGAACAUGAACCAGUCCAAUAACAGUCAGGGUUGGGUGGGUGAGCGUCGGAGACAGGGCGGAGAGGAGGGUCUGAGUGGCCCGGCCCAGAGGAUCCUGUCAGGACUGAAGCUCAGACGCAGCCACUCAGGACUGCAGCAACACUUUGUCUGAGGAAGGAUGAAACUUUAAACCAUAGAAUUGGAAUCACAUUCGAGAAUGGACAUUCCUCAUUCAAAUCAACAUUUUGUGACUGGCAGGAUUCUAUUUCUAUGGUUAAACCCAUAGAAGGGAUGAAUUGUACUAUGUAACUUCAAAUGUUUUUGGAACCAUGUAGUAACCAAAAAAGUGUUGAACAAAAUAUAUUUGAUAUUUUUCAAAGUAGCCACCCUUUGCCUUGAUGACAGCUUUGCACACGCUUGGCAUUCUCUCAACCAGCUUCAUGAGGUAGUGACCUGGAAUGCAUUUCAAUUAACAGGUGUGCCUUGUUAAAAGUGAAUUUGUGGAAUUUAUUUCUUUCUUAAUUUGUUUGAGCCAAUCGUGUUGUGACAAGGAAGUGGUGGUAUACAGAAGAUAGCCCUAUUUGGUAAAAGACAAAGUCUCUAUAUUAUGGCAAAAACAGCUCAAAUAAGCAAAAAGAAACAACAGUCCAUCAUUACUUUAAGACAUGAAGGUCAGUCAACCUGGAAAAUUUCAAGAAUUUUAAACGUUUCUUCAAGUGCAGUCACAUAAACCAUGUGGACCGACACAUGUUUCCGACCCAGAGUUUCCUCUGCUGCAGAGGAUAAAUUCAUUAGAGUUAACUGCACCUCCGUUUGCAGCCCAAAUAAAUGCUUCACAGAGUUCAAAGUAACAGACACAUCUCAACAUCAACUGUUCAGAGGAGACUGCGUGAAUCAUGGUCGAAUUGCUGCAAAGAAACCACUAAAGGACACCAAUAAUAAGAAGAGACUUGCUUGGGCCAAGAAACACGAGAAAUGGACAUUAGACCAGUGGAAACCUGUCCUUUGGUCUGAUGAGUCCAAAUUUGAGAUAUUUUUGUUCCAACCGCCGUGUCUUUGUAAGAAGCAGAGUAGGUGAUCGGAGGAUCUCUGCAUGUGUGGUUCCCACCAUGAAGCAUGGAGGAGGAGGUGUGAUGGUGCUUUGCUGGUGACACUGUCAGUGAAUUCUUUAAAAAUCAAGGCACACUUUUUUUUACCCCGUUUUCUCCCUAAUUUUGUGGAAUCCAAUUGGUAGUUACAGUCUUGUCUCAUCGCUGCAACUCCCGUACGGACUCGGCAGAGGUGACGGUCGAGAGCCAUGCGUCCUCCGAAACACAACUCAACUAAGCCGCACUGCUUCUUGACACAAUGCCCACUUAACCCGGAAGCUAGCCGCACCAAUGUGUCGGAGGAAACACUGUGCACCUGGCGACCGUGUCAGCGUGCCCGCC